GUUACUUGCUUACUUGCUUUUCUGCCGAUCAACGUGGUGAGAGGAAGGAACCGAUCUAAGCUCCCAUUCAUUUCGAAAAUACAGCCAAUAAACACACAAAAUACAACAAAAUGCCUUGUCGAAAGGAGAACUACAUCCUCUUGGAGCAGUCUGUUACCGUCGAUUCGAAAGAAGUGGACGCUUUGGUCACGAAAAUCGGCGAGGCGUUGCAGCUUCACAACAAUAGUGCUAAUCAAAAGACGAUGUCAUGUCUCCACGGUCUCACCAGCAACUGCAGCAGUAGCAACAUCAAACAAGCUAACAACAACAAUGGCGUGGCCCUGCAAAAACGUACCGGGUGUUGCAUACGGAUUCGAAACCGGGGGCAACGUAGUAACAGAGCUAGUCCAUACAGCUUCCCUGGCUCAAGUAACCAGGAGUGGGAUAAUUUCAAACCUUGGAACCGAAAGAGGAUCAACGCAGCUGUAGAGAACGACGACCCACAUCAGUUACUUCAGGAAUUAAUAUUGUCUGGGAAUCUAAUCAAAGAAGCAGUCAGGCGGCUGCAGUUCUCUACAACUGAGUGUGGGGAUCUUUCGGACAAUCUGCAAUGCUGAGGAUGCGGACGAUGUGUUUUCGUUAUCGAGAUGUUACGGACAAAACGAAAAUACUAUUUUGCUGACAUGGCUAGCUAGCUAUAACGUUAGACUAUAAAUGUUGAGAACGAUUAAAUAUGUAAUGGCGGUAACGUUAGAAUGUCUGUCUAAUUUGUGACCGUUAAUUUAGGCUUUUUUUCAUUUAGCCAAUGAGUUAGCUAACUAGUUAACGUUAGCCAUGUUUAUUUGAACCUCACUUCACCUUUUGAUGGUUCAUUUGAUUUUUGUUCAUGGGUGGGGACUCUCCUUUUCACUAUUCGUUGGCUUUAGUUAGUAGCUAGUUAUGUCAACCAAGUGAAUGCUAUGUCAACCAAGUGAGCACUUUACGUUGACCUACGUUGAUCUCAGGCCGCCAGCAUUGCCUGUUUUGUUUUGGUCCGUUAGAUUUGAAACGACCCGAUCCAAGCAAAGGUCUUAUGUUACUAGUUAGCAUAAUAGGCUAGCGCCACACAUGCCAGGAUGAAUUCCAAACGUCCCCAGCAAGGCAACACUGUGACCGCGUCGACGGCAGCUACACAGAAGUAACGGGAUCAACAACCAGCUACCAAGCCCUGUAAGAGACGGAGGCAGGCGACAUUUCAAAUGGUUCCGACUACAUGUCUCUUCGAACUGUCUGGGGGCGGUGUAUUUUUCAUAAUAAUGAUGGGACACUGUUGUGCUUCACCUUUGAAUUCCAAUGCGGAUUUCUGUUGAUCAUUUUCCCAUUGUCUGUGUCAAGUGAUUUACCAUGACCACUUCGCAACGAAGUAUUUUAUAAUGUUCCUGAGUAUUCAGGCCUUUUGGUGUCUUAAAAUAAACACGGUGUUUUUUCAA